AUGGCGAAAGGAACGUCUGCAAAAGUGCCCGCAAAGAUACCCGAAAAGGUGCCUGAAAAGGCGAAGCCUAGUGCUAUUCUAACCCUUUGGAGAAAUUAUCUCGACACGACCCCCUCGAAUCUCAAAGUCAUUGAUUCGUUUCUCGCAUUCAUUAUGCUGUCGGGCAUCAUACAGUUUGCUUAUUGUGUCCUCGUUACUGCCUUCCCUUAUAAUGCAUUCCUGGCUGCAUUCGCCAGCACCAUUGGUCAAUUUGUCCUCACAGCUUCACUACGCUCCCAAGUAAACCCUAGCAACCGUUCCCACUUCAACACCAUAUCUUCGCAACGGGCAUUUGCUGACUUUACCGUAGGCUCAAUUGUAUUACACUUCUUUGUGUUUAACUUCUUAGGGUAAACAACACCCUGCCGUUGAUGUAUCCACGUUUCAAUCCAGAAACUCUCCCAUGUGGGUCGCCUGAUACUGUGUGCUGUAGGAGACACGUAUGCUAUAUGCAGAGAGGGGCGAAUUACACGAAGAGGCUAGAAGACGAAUACAAGCUGAGAUACAGGUUUAUAAACAGUUGAUUUUUCUUUAUUGCGGGUCACGUAAUUAGCCGCUCCGGGAGCGCUCGAACGAUGGUGAUCGCU